GUUUUUCCUGACGGAGUUUUGGCGGCGGCGGCGGCGGCCGGAGUGGGCCAUGGACGCGCUCAAGUCCGCGGGGCGGGCGCUGAUCCGGAGCCCCAGCGUGGCCAAGCAGAGCUGGGGGGGCGGCGGCCGGCACCGCAUAGUCAAAAUAAUGGCAGGGGCACCCCAGUGUUCCUUGCCAGUGUUCUGAGGGCUACCGUCCUGCCCAGAGCUUCCUGAGAACUGGACAGACACCCGGGAGACGCUGCUGGAGGGCAUGCUCUUCAACCUCAAGUACCUGGGCAUGACCCUGGUGGAGCGGCCCAAGGGCGAGGAGCUGUCGGCUGCAGCUGUCAAGAGGAUCGUGGCCACUGCCAAGGCCAGUGGGAAGAAGCUGCAGAAGGUGACUCUCAAGGUGUCACCCCGGGGCAUUAUCCUGACUGACAACCUCACCAAUCAGCUCAUUGAGAACGUGUCCAUUUACAGGAUCUCCUACUGUACGGCAGACAAGAUGCAUGACAAGGUCUUCGCGUACAUCGCACAGAGCCAGCACAGCGAGAAUCUCGAGUGCCAUGCCUUCCUCUGCACCAAGCGGAAAAUGGCACAGGCUGUCACCCUCACAGUAGCCCAGGCCUUCAAAGUCGCCUUCGAGUUCUGGCAAGUGUCCAAGGAAGAGAAAGAAAAGAGGGAGAGAGCCGGCCAAGAGGGAGAUGUCCCAGGGACCUGCUGCGACAGCACCCCGUCGCUGAGAAGCUGGGUCGCCACUGGGAACCUUCUGGACUUGGAAGAGACAACCAAGGCACCACUGUCCACGGUCAGCGCCAACACCACUAAUGUGGACGAGGCACCACGGCCUCAAGCCUUGAGCAACAACAGUGUUGUCUGGGAGCUGGACGAUGGCCUGGAUGAAGCAUUUUCGAGGCUGGCACAGUCACGGACGAACCCUCAGGUCCUGGACACUGGACUGUCGGUGCAAGACAUCCAUUACGCCCAGAGCCUCUCUCCCGUCGACUGGGACAAGCCUGACAGCAGCGGCACUGAGCAGGAGGAUCUCUUCAGCUUCUGAGGGCCUGGGGCCCGAGGGACACGACCAGCCUUGACGUGACAGACCAAAGCCACCCAUGGCAGGGGAUCCAGCUCCAGGACCUGCUAGCUGCCUCUUCCCCGCCCACAGCACUGUCGCCUGCUGAUCAAAACUGCAGCCAGUCAACCAGGGAAGAGGUUUUUAACCUGCUCCUUCUCUAGAACUGAAAGAUGCCGUGAAUAUUUAUUCAGUGACUCCUGGUUUAUGCUCAGAGGCAGUUUCCCAUCAGGCAUGUUGCAAGCGCAGUGCUGUGACUUCCUGCUCUCUCUUGAGCCAGCUCUGCUCCAGCUGUGGGUGUCAGGACAGUGACCAAAGCAUUUCAUGUCCCUGGAUUUCCCUGGGGACAUCCCCUCUCCUGGCUGAAAGUGGUGGAACUCUGCCACCUUUUGCGAGCAGGAACUCGCAGCACUGGGCCCUCAAGCUCCUCUUACUCAGGUCCCAGUGGGCCAACCCCGGACCCUGGACCCAGGCACUCAGAGGGGCAGCCCCUGACCAAAGACAGCCCACGCUUGCACUUUAAAGCACACCCAGCAGGUGCGGCCCCAGGGGCUCCUCAGUGGUGCUGAUUGGACAGAGCUCUUUCUGCCCUUCCUCCUCCUUGAGGAGGGGCCCAGGAUCCCUGUGGAUGGUCCCCCACCAGUGCUUGGACCAUGGACCUGGCUGCCCAGACUCGCAGUAUACUGUGACUAUGGGGACUGCCUGCGCAGCCCCCCGGGCCUCAUCCCUGCCUUUGCCCUCCCAGAUGAGGCUGCUCCAGCUUCCUGUUGUGUCUGUGUGAGUGUCCCUGCCUCUCCAUGCGGUCCGGGGUGACUUGUGAAACCCAACACCUACAUUCACAUAGGAAUGUUUUAAGACCAUUCUACAGAUGAGGAAACUGAGGCCACAUGUGGAGGGGCUGGUGUGGGGAGUGGGACCCAGAUUUGAUGCCAAAGCUGCUUCCUCUACCGCCACCUCUGGCAACUCGCACCUCCUUUUUCUUGAGCUUUGUUGUUCUCCCAGGAACCAAAAAACCCCAGCUAUUUUCUGACCAAAAUGUGUUUCAUAACAAACCAUCUGGUGCCUUUUCACUCGGAGCUGGCACGAGCCUCAUGCCCUGCUCUCUGUCUCACUGUCGAUUUCCGGGAAGAUGCAAGUGUUUGAAGUCUGAUGAUUCUGAGAGUGAAACAAAUCAGACUCUGUACACAUCCCGCUGUUCUCUUUCCUGACGCUGCGGCCUAGUUGGGACGCAGCAGCAGCAAGCUGUCUUUUAGAGUUUCCCUUUCCUUCCGGGCCCUGCCUGCAGGCUCCAGCACCCUGAAGCCCAGCCUAGCCUCAAGCAUCUUUUCCAUCCCAGCGGGCCUCCUGGUGACUGGGCUUGCCUGCAGGCAGGGUUCAAGAACCCCAGGAAACACAGCAUUUCGGAGGGAGUCUCUAAGUGGGCCUCUGAAUCAGAACAUGUGCCUGGGGGAGGGGACUUCUAGGGUCUGCAUCAGAAUAAGGGUUCCUUCCCUUCCCUUCCGUUCCCUGCCCAGCCGGCCCCUCUUCUCUCCCUUGGCCUCCUUCAUAAUGGCCUCUGUUUGUCAGAAGGCAGCACGGGUGGGGCAGGACACAGGCUGUCCUUGGCACAGGGGCCAGGGGUCCUGCUGGGCUGCACGGUGGCCUUUGUCUCCUGCUGACCAGCGUCGGCGUGCUUCCGUGCACUGCCGCCAAGUCUUGUGCUUUGCUCUGUGAAGCUGUAAAGGAAGUUCUAAUGAGAAAAAAACAGUAAUAAAUACUCUCUUGAAAUACAAGCAGUGCUUCGAUGGAGCCGCCUGGUGACCACAGUGCUCCUCCAGUGGCUCUUGCCCUUUGGCGAUGGGAGCAGCAGUGGCCACAGACCUGGGCAGGUGCACACCCAGAAGCAGCACCCAGAGUAAGGAAUGGUGGCCUUAGGGUCCCCUGUUGAAGGUCCAGUGGCGCCUCCUUUUCGCCUUGCAGAUGGGCAUGUGCAAUGCGGUCGCCUCUGGGUGACUCAUCGAGGCCUCGCCAGUGAUCCAGUGUGUCAGCACUGAGGAGGUUGCUAAAGGCCAGGGUUGGGUCCUGGGUCAAGGUCUGUGAACCCUGAAGUGUGUACGAAACAUGCACUCCCCGUGUUCCUGGGAAGAAAUCCGUCGUCUCCAUCUCGUUCUCCAGUGGCGCACAGCACACGUUCAUUUGCUGCACAUCGGUGUCUGCUCGGUGCUGGGGCCUUGGUCAGGCAGGAACCACAAGAGCCCAGAAAGUGUGGCUUUGUGUGAUGGAGACAGUAGGGAGUGUGUGAGUGACUUGGGAGAUCCCUGCCACUAGGGACUGUAACCGCCUCUCUCCUUGAGCCUUGGUUUCCCCAUGAGUGAACAGGGUAUGGCCAUCUCCCCGGUCUCCCUCCCUGGUUCUGCGAGACUGUGGUGACCGCUGCAUCGCCUGUAGCAUGUGUACUUGGUUCACAGGUUAUCGCAGAGCAAAAUGCAGUUUGGACCAAACAUGCUUAAGAAAGCUUGAUGACAGUGACCAGUGUUAUCGGGGCGCCCACUGUGUGCCAAGGGCUAUGUGAGCUCCUGACAGCUCAUGGGGCGGGGCGGUGUUGAGCCCAGAUGCUACUAAUUCUCUACUGCCAAGGGCACCAGGGUUCAGAGAGGAAGGCAGUCAUGUCCCGAGUGGCAGGGCACUCACAUCCGUGUCCUCCUCACCUGGCCUCCCAGGGGACUUCUGUGGUCACACCACUCACAGCAUCCUGUCCAGCUCACAGUGACCAUCAGAGCAAAGCCACACUCCUCGGGUUCUUUCAGCCACUGUGCGGGGGCUGCCCAGGCCUGGCCCCUUGCAGCUGCUUGUGGGGGACUCCGAGCAUUUAUCUCUUCAAAUGUUGAUAUUUAAAACAUCUGGGACCCAGAGACAGGGCCUCUGAUGGCCGCCAUUGGGCAGACUCCCCAUGAAUUCUGAGUGGAUCAUAGAUGACUAAGAAAUUCUCUCCUUUCUUCUUUCCCCU